AUUUCACCCGGUUUCUACCUCGACUGCCAACAGGCCAUCAAGCUCUACUGUCAGCCGCCUACGGACCCUGGCGCGGCUAUACGACCGCCGGCCCAAAGCAAAAUGGAGGUGGUGGCGUGCUUGAGCCGCAAACUCCUGGAGUUGAGUCUUCUGCCAUCCACCGCCGAGAACAGCACCAGCGCCAUUCCACCACGAUGUAUGCGUCAUCUGCGCUUUGAACUGCUUUCGCGUGCGGAGUCGAUCCGUCUGGAUCCCGAGUUGGAUGCAGCCUGUCAUCCAGAAUGGAAACGCUAUUGCGCUCAUGUAGAAAGCGGUGGGGGUGAGGUCUUCUGCUCGGAAGAGGUUGAAUCCGACUCCGCCUCAGCGUUUGAGCAAGGUAAUAAGGUUUUGAACUGCCUGACGAAGCAGUACAUUGCCAGUUCCCUGAAGGGCAGAGCUCCGUUAACGCGUCCAUGCGCCAACCACAUCCGAACACUCCUGAUCGAUGCGAAUCUCAACCAUCAUGUGGAUCCCGUACUGGUGGAGCUCUGCUAUGGAGAUCUGCGUGCUUAUUGCUCCGAAGAACUGGCCCUCGCGGGUGUAGACGGUGACGAUGCUGAUGGCCUUGUCGGUGAAUGCCUCCGUCGUCAAGUAGCGCUGAAGCGAAUCCAUAAUGCGUCCUGUGUGAACGAAAUACUCAAUCUGAACCUGGCUUCACACGCAGACAUCGACGUGGAUCCAAUUCUGGCACGAGAUUGUGCUGAGACCAUCAAAAUUGCCUGCGCUGAGGUUGCGCCCGGUAACGGACGUCGUAUGAAAUGCCUCCUCGCGGCUGUGGAUAGUCCCUCACUCUCCGAACACGUUGAUGCAAAGUGCCGGCGAAGUUUAACCCUGAGACAGGAUCUGUGGGCCAUCUCCGCUAAGCAGUCCACUGCCGCCGAUUGGCGCCAGCUGGCGGCUGAGUUAAACGCCAGCACCUCACGAAACCUCAUCUUUGGAGUGGCUUUUGCUCUGGUUGGCCUCAUAUUCAUUUUUGGUCUACUGUGUGGUCGGGUAACACGACGUGUCCCAGUGAACAUGAAAGAAAAAUGA